GGGUCCUCGAUCUGGAGUAUUAAGUCCUUCCGGUGGCCAACCCACCACUGGUCCAUCUUUGUAUCGCAUUUGUACCCACAGCUCUUUGGGUGGGCACAAGUACUUGAUGUGAUCCUAAGGAAGAGAGUUUCUGUUGCCAACUUCAUCAUUUUCCGUUAUCAAGCGCCCGAAGAUGGCCAGCUCUGGUGCCAAAGUCACUGUCGGAAUUUGCCCGAAGCCGCCGCUUCACAAGCCUCCCAAUGUAGGCGUUGAGCUUACUGGCAACGGGAACUUUCUCACACAUCCGUGGAAGCAUCCAGGCGAAGAGUAUCCACAUACUCCUGGCCUUCUUGGAAACCUCGAAGAGAUUUGCGACAUCGUCCCUCUCGGCAACUUACGAGAGAGCUCUACUAAAGUGAGUGCCGAUAACGAUCGACUUCUGGCGAAGUGUGAGUAUGAGCUCUUCAAGCUGCAGCAGCCGGAUGGCGCCAAAGUCCCUCAGGAGAGACGCGAGAAAGCGUUGGAAAUUGCGCGAACAUAUCAUGACAAAGUCAAGUCCAACUUCCUGGGAUUCCAAGCCAAUAUGGCCUGUUCUUUCUCGCACCUGUCACACUACCUCGACACCCAUGUGAAUAACAUCGGAGACCCUUUUGCCACCGGAAGCUUCCUGAAUCAGACCAAGUUCAUGGAGCGUGCAGUUUUGGACUACUUCGCAGCUCUCUGGAGAGCUGACUGGCCUCACGACAACUACACGCAAAGAAAAGAUCCCGAGGAUCCGAAUUUGAUGGCCAAACCGCAAAAUCCUUGCUCUUAUUGGGGGUUCGUCCUCUCGAUGGGAUGCACCGAGGGAACGUUGUAUGGCAUGUGGAAUGGUCGUGACUACCUUGCUGGCAAGGUGAUGCUUAUAGACGAGGCUCCCAAAGGUUCCACCAUAAAACCAGAGCCCAGGUACUUCAUUGCAGAUUUGGCAAUAAAUACAGAUUCCAGACAAAGGUCGGAUGCUGGAGCGUCCAAGACCCCACUUUGCUUCUUCUCAAACGAUGCACAUUAUUCCUUGAAGAAGACGAUGGUGAUCCUGAACAUAAAAACGUACUACGAUGUGGCCACGGAGCUGGGGCUGAAGGUCCCACCUGAAGUUGCGACGGCAGAAGGCCAGUGGCCCAAGCAAGUGCCUACGAACUUGGAUGGAACUGUCAAUAUCGAUGCUCUGGCAGUUCUGGUGGAGUUUUUCGCCAACCUUGGCUAUCCAGCCCUGGUCUGCUUCAACUACGGCACCACGUUCAAGGGUGCCUAUGAUGAUAUACAGGGAGCUGCCAACAAGCUCCUUCCCAUCUUCAAGAAAUACAAUCUUCUUGAAGUGGUAAGGACUUACACGGAUGCCAACGGAGAAAAACAAGAAUUUGCACGCCGUGGAUUUUGGUUCCAUGUGGAUGGGGCCUUGGGAGCAGCGUAUAUGCCUUUCCUGAAAAUGGCAAACGCGAAUGGUAUGUUCCAGACAGACAAACCGAUCCCGCAGUUCGACUUUUCCAUGCGAGGAGAGGAAGAGUUCAGUGAUAUUGAGCUCGUCUUCUCCAUCGGCAUGAGUGGACAUAAAUGGAUCGGAGCCCCGGUGCCCACUGGCGUGUACAUGACCAAGACCAAAUUCCAGCUGAAGCCGCCAGAGAAGCCUGAGUACAUCGGAACUCCUGACACCACCUUCGCUGGCUCUCGCAGCGGUCUCGCCUCUGUGUUCCUCUGGGACUACUUGAGCCGCAACUCUUACAAUGACCUCAUGGUCAAGGCGGUCUACACCGAGGCCAUAGCCACCAAGCUGUUUGACAAACUCGUGGAGCUCGAUAAGAAGGUUGUAGCAGGUGAACUUCAUCCAAACCUGCCCAUAGCACAAAGUUUGUGGGUCCAACGUUCUGAGCUCUCGCUCGGGGUCAUCUUCAGGCGACCGAGGGACGAGAUCGUCGAGAAAUACUCGCUGUCCAAGGAAGAAGAGACUAAGGAAGAUGGACUCCACCUUCUUGUCCACGCUUUCGCGAUGGAGCAUGUUACUUACGACAGAAUCGACAGUCUUAUCGUGGAUCUGUGCCAGGAUGACGCUUUCGCUGUUAACGACGAGGCAUUUUCAACUCUUCUCCACCGAUUCAAGUUAGAGUGGUAACCUGAAGUGCACAUCUGAUGGCGACGUCAUCAGUUGAGGUGUGUGACGUUGUGUUUAGGAGUAGAUUUCGGAUAUUCUCCAGAAUGAUCUGCCAUAGCACAUGAUUGUCCGUCUCUUGGUUUGCUGAGGAGUAACUACAAGAUCGUUAUUUAGCUAAGAUCUCGCCGAAUAUCCUGUAUCUCGGUAGAGUGGUUGACGGUAGAGUGGUUGACGAGUUGUAAUGCAUAUGAAAAUAAUGCAGUGAUCCGUAUUUAUCUACCUGUUUUCGGACUUCGGACUAUCUACGAGCCAUAUGGGAAGUGAUCAAAUCUCAAGUCCAAUCACAUCGUUUAUCGCCGGGGACCUUAUGAGCACUGAAGUUACUUGUCUCCUCGGCAAAUUCAGAAUUGCACAGUACACUGCUCGUUAUAUGGUAUGAGUAGAGAUGGCAACAAUUGUAUGAUCGUAAGAUAUAAUAAUACUAAUGGUGUAAACACCUUACUAUGUUAGAUAUCUGAUGAGUUCUGAUAUGACCAUGAAGUCAUAACACAGUUAUAAUAGGUCAGUACUGAAUAAAUUUAGUGUAACAUUUCGGGCUAAACAGUCAGAAGCCAUUAUGGUACAGUAUUACGGAUUGUUCUCAAAAAUUUCAAAAGAUCUUGCAAUGACAAAAAGUUUGGUUCA